CUUGUGUGGUGCGGGACCCCCUUUGGUGCAGGGACCCCCUUGUUUGGUGCAGGGACCACCCUUGUUUGGUGCGGGACCCUCUUUGGUGCAGGGACCACCCUUGUUUGGUGCAGGACCCCCUUUGGUGUAGGACCCCCCCUUGUUUGGUGGGGGACCCCCCUUUGUUUGGUGCGGGACCCCCUUUGUUUGGUGUAGGGACCCCCCUGUUUGGUGCGGGACCCGCAUUGUUUCAUGCAGGGACCCCCCCUUGUAUGGUGCGGGACCCCCUUUGUUUGGUGCAGGACCCCCUUUGGUGUAGGGACCUCCCUGUUUGGUGCGGGACCCCCCUUGUUUGGUGCAGAGACCCCCCCUUGUGUGGUGCGGGACCCCCUUUGGUGCAGGGACCCCCUUGUUUGGUGCAGGACCCUCUUUGGUGCAGGGACCACCCUUGUUUGGUGCGGGACCCCCAUUGUUUGGUGCAGGACCCCCUUUGGUGUAGGGAUCCCCUGUUUGGUGCAGGACCCCCUUUGGUGCGGGACCACCCUUGUGUGGUGCGGGACCCCCAUUUGGUGCAGAACCCCCCUUGUUUGGUGUAGGACCCCCCUUGUUUGGUGCAGGACCCCCUUUGGUGUAGGGACCUCCCUCUUUGGUGCGGGACCCCCCUUGUUUGGUGCAGAGACCCCCCCUUGUGUGGUGCAGGACCCCCUUUGGUGCAGGGACCCCCUUGUUUGGUGCAGGGACCACCCUUGUUUGGUGCAGGACCCCCUUUGGUGCAGGGACCACCCUUGUUUGGUGCAGGACCCCCUUUGGUGCGGGACCACCCUUGUGUGGUGCGGGACCCCCAUUUGGUGCAGAACCCCCCUUGUUUGGUGUAGGACCCCCCUUGUUUGGUGCAGGACCCCCUUUGGUGUAGGGACCUCCCUCUUUGGUGCGGGACCCCCCUUGUUUGGUGCAGAGACCCCCCCUUGUGUGGUGCAGGACCCCCUUUGGUGCAGGGACCCCCUUGUUUGGUGCAGGGACCACCCUUGUUUGGUGCGGGACCCUCUUUGGUGCGGGACCCCCCUUGUUUGGUGCAGAGACCCCCCCUUGUGUGGUGCAGGACCCCCUUUGGUGCAGGGACCCCCUUGUUUGGUGCAGGGACCACCCUUGUUUGGUGCGGGACCCUCUUUGGUGCAGGGACCACCCUUGUUUGGUGCAGGACCCCCUUUGGUGUAG